AUGAAGGAAGGAGUUGGACACGAUGGUGCAUGGGUGACAUAUGCCCGAACGGAGGAAGAAGCCAAGAAAGCCCUCGUUCUACUCCAAUCCCUGCGGAAUUGUUGCACGAAUCGGAACGUGGUUCUCAUCGUGGGGUCAGGUCUCCCCGAGAAAAUUAGUGUUCUACUCAACAAGGUGUUUGACGCGGUCUUCCCACUAGUCGUUACGAAAUUCUCUUUAGAAUCGGAAUUCUUGAAUGAAGUGUUUCUGCAAGUUUGUUCGCUAACGAUUUUUAAACGUGUGAUACUUCUGGAACCCGAAUCCUUGGUAUUGGAAAAUUUUGAUGACUUGUUCGUAAAAAGUGGGGGACUGGUUUACUUGGCCAAAAAAACCGACGAACUAGUCCCAAUUCUAUUCCAACCUUCGAUGCAAUUAUGUCACGAAUUUCGGCAAAGUCUUAACGGCGGUGGGAGUAUUCGACAAAUACUAUUGUCGAAAUUUAAAGUAAAUUGGUUAGAAACCGAAUGUUUGGUCCGGAAUCUAAUGAAUCCCCAAACAUUGUCAACUGACAUCGAAUCCAAGGAAAUUUUUGAGAUUAUGGCUCAUUACCGGAGUCUUGAAGCUUAUGUCGACAACAUGUUGAACAGAGGUGGAGAUAGUCAGCAUCCUAUUAAGAGGGAACCAAUAGCCAUCAUCGGAAUGUCGUGUCGUUUGCCAGGAUCAAACAACAUAUCAGAAUUCUGGAAACUCUUUACAGAAGCAAAGUGUGCAAUUGGACCACUUCCGAAAGAUCGCUGGACAAAGGAGCAAGGCUACGACUUGACCAAUGUACAGCUGGAAAUCCAGGCUGGUUGGUUGUCUUGCCCAGUUGACUCGUGUGACCCGAAGUUCUUCGGCAUUAGUAAAACCGAACUGGUUUGGAUCGAUCCGCAACAACGAAUUUUGCUUGAACUUGUUUGGGAAGCUAUGGAAAAUGCUGGAGUUACUGCGUCAUCGUUGAACGAAACCAACACUGGAGUGUUUUCGGGGGUUUGGAGACAGGAAUAUUUGGAACUAACGAACAAAUGGAAAAACCAUGGAGACUGGUAUCGAAACUAUAUGGGAAAUUCAAUUGGUACCCUAUCCGCUCGCGUGGCCCAUUUUCUCGAACUCACUGGCCCAAAUAUAUCGACAGAAUCAGGCUGUUCUUCCUCUGGCGUCGCGCUUGGCUUAGCUAUUAAAGCCUUACGCAACGGAGAAACAAAUUUGGCUUUUGUUUGCGGGGCAAACAUAUUUGUCACCGCUUUCGAUUUUAGUGAAUUAAUACACGUUAUUUCACCCGAGUAUCGGAGCCGAGUUUUCGAUGCUGAUGCUGACGGUUAUGUUCGGGGCGAAGGUUGUGGCGUUCUUCUCCUUAAGCGAUUGUCGGACGCCGUAAGGGAUGGCGACAGGAUCCAUGGAGUAAUUCUUGGUUAUGGUCAAUCUCAAGACGGUGUAAGUAAGAGUAUGGGUACACCCACUGUUGGUGGCGAAGCUAGUGCUAUGCAAAUGGCCCUUAACGACGCAGGCAUAAGCCCCGUUGACGUUCAACUAGUGGAAGCACACGGGACGGGCACAGCUGUGGGUGAUCCAAUGGAGAUGAAAGCAAUCGAACAGGUGUAUGCGUCUCCAGACAGGAAGAACCCCUUAAUAAUUACUGCAGGGAAGGCAAAUAUAGGCCACACAGAAUCCACUUCUUGCCUGGCUGGAAUAAUAAAAACAUUGGAAAUGAUGAAGCACAAUUAUAUCCCGAAACAAAUAGGGUUGGAAAACAUUAACCCCCAAAUCCUACCUGUGCUCGCCAAAAUUCCAGCAGAAAUAUCAGAAUGGGACCCAAAAUUGAGCCUUUCCUUUAAGCAUGUACCGGAAGUGGAAAUCCCAGCCAUAAAUAUCUUGACCAUCUCGGCAAAAACGGAUAUCGGCUUGGAAGAAACGAUCAAUCGAUUCAAGGAAUUCCUUUCGCUUCCCUACGAUAGUUUUGAUGAUGUAGCGUACACUGCAAAUACGGGUCGAACUCAAUUCCAACAUCGAAUUGCACUCCAUGCUUCAAGCGGAAUGGAAGCAUUGCAGAAACUAAAUCAAAAGGAAUAUGAAAUUAAUCAGACUUCAGCUGAGAAGCGGCCUUUGGUAUUUCUGUUUCCUGGACAGGGUUCACAAUUCCAUGGAAUGGGGAGACAGCUAUAUACUUCUUACCCCGUCUUUAAGAGGUCAUUUGAUCACGCCGAAUCUAUUUUGAAAGAGAUUUAUGACUUGAAGCUAAAACAUGCCAUAUGGGGCGAAGACCAGACAUUAAUAAAUUGUUCCCUUUAUUCACAAAGUUCCAUAUUCGUCAUUGAAUAUUGUCUCCUUAAAUUACUUGAGUCUUGGGGAGUCGUACCCAACGCAGUUUUAGGUCACUCACUUGGCGAAUUUGGUGCUGCAGUUGCCGCUGGAUUUAUGUCAUUGGAAGAUGGGUUGCGUAUUCUUGCAGCGAGAUGCAGAUUGAUUGAUGCUCUCCCUAACGGGAAAAUGGUCGCAAUUAAUGUAGCCUUGGACCAUGCUAACUCAUUGCUUCAAGUCUUCCUGAAGGGUUAUCAAACAAGCACAACAACGGGUACCACCACCAGGCCGAACGCCUGGUUGGAUAUUGCUGGAGUAAACUCACCUACACAGACUGUUCUAUCCGGGCCCACAUGCACGGUACUUGACUUUGCCGACUUUUGUAGGAACAACGCUGUAAAAGCACAUGUCCUCGUUGCGGAACAUGCUUUCCAUUCUCGUCAUAUGGACAAAAUGCUACAAGAGUAUGAAGACGUGCUACGCUCAAUUGAAUUCAAAUCAGGCAACGGAAUUAAAUAUAUAUCCGGAGUUGACGGAAGGGAAGUUUCAUCGAUUGACGUUGAAUAUUGGAAACGCCACACUCGUGAGGCCGUUCAAUUCUGUAGUGCCGUGGAAAAUGUGGAGAAAUGCUUUGGUCCAGGACAAAUUCUGUUCGUGGAAAUUGGUCCUCAUCCAGUUUUGUCUGCAUUAGUUCACGCUAAUAUUUCAUCCUCUUGUGACAUCAAAUGUCUCCCAACCAUGCGCAAGAAUAAGGCCACGAAGCAGGUUGAGUUGCAUUCAACCAUUUGUGCUUUAUUUGUCCAUGGAUAUCAAAUCAACUGGAAACAAUUUCAUAGAGGUCAGCCCUGUCUCAAAGUCGAUUUACCUAAUUACCCCUUUCAACACAAAAAGCUGUGGAUAUACAAGAAAAAUGACUUGGUCACUCAGUCUGAUAUUCGUCCUUGGCUUGGAGAAAGGGUAGUAUUUCCUGGAGUCAUUGCUCAAGGUCAAGGAGUAAACACUCAGUACAGGAACGAGGUCGGCCUGACUUCCUAUCCUUAUGUGGCAGACCAUAAAAUCUUUGAGUUUGUCCUUGCUCCAGCUGCCGUAUUCAUCGAAAUUGCGCUACGGGCAUCAUCGCUUCACGGGGCGACAUUCCCAAUUGUGCUGGAGAAUUUCCAGAUAAAGGCAGCUUUACAAUUCGAAAUUGAUACGGUCCAGUUGUGUACAACGGUCGUAUUUAGUAACGAUGGAACAGAUAAGAGUGGAUCCGUGAAGUCGUAUUCCAAACAGAUCAAUGCUGGAGAGCUAGAAUGGAAGUGUCACUCAACUAGUGAAUUCCAACCCGAUAAUUCGUCCUCCACUGAACUGCACGACUUGAGCUCUGAAAAUCUGGAUAUUAUUAGGCAACGUAUCAAACAAGUGGGAGACCCUAAAGCGAUCUAUGAACGUCUUAAUGACAUGGGCUACAAGUUUGGACCCACGUUUCGCAGUAUUUCAAGUUUUUGGGUGGAAAAUGAUCAACUAUUAGCCCUGGUUGACGUGCCGGGUGAGAUACGAGAGAUAUUUUCCAUCCGAUACUAUUGGAUGCAAUGUUGCAGAGCCUUCUCUGCGUAA